CCUCGCGCCGCGGCGGCGCGCGCACCCGCCCUCACGCCCCUUGUCCCUUCCCACCCGGCGGCGGCGCGGACGGCGGCGGGGACGGCGUUGGAAGCCGGGCGCGCCGCGGCUCGCACGACAUAGGAGAAACUCACUACUUUCAAGAUGUCAUCAGUCAAACGCUUGGUUUAUGCAGUCAUCCAUUUCUUGAGAGAGCAGAGUCAGAUGGAUACUUUCACUCCAGAUGAGCAAGAAAGCUUGGAAGUUGCAAUUCAGUGUUUGGAGACUGUCUUUAAGAUUAACCUGGAAGAUACUCAUCUUGCACCUCCACAGCAUUUGAUAGAAAUGUUCACAAAUUCUUUUCACAAGAAUGACAUGCUGCCUCUCUCAGAUUCUUUACCAGAGGAUGUUGAAAAGGCUGACCAACUGAAGGAUGAAGGUAAUAAUCAUAUGAAAGAAGAAAAUUAUGGUGCUGCAGUGGAUUGUUAUACUAGAGCUAUAGAACUGGACCCAAACAAUGCAGUCUAUUACUGCAACAGGGCUGCUGCUCAAAGUAAGCUCAACAACUACAGCGAAGCAAUAAAGGAUUGUGAGAGUGCCAUAGCAAUAGACCCAAAGUACAGCAAAGCGUAUGGGAGAAUGGGGUUGGCUCUGACCUCAGUGAAUAAAUAUGAAGAAGCAGUUACCAGUUACCAAAAAGCACUGGAUCUUGAUCCAGAGAAUGAUUCUUAUAAAUCAAAUUUGAAAAUAGCAGAACAGAAACUAAGAGACAUGUCCAGUCCUACUGGAACUGGACUGAGUUUUGACAUGGCAAGCUUGAUAAACAAUCCUGCCUUCAUUAGCAUGGCAGCAAGCUUAAUGCAGAAUCCUCAAGUUCAACAAUUGAUGUCGGGGAUGAUGUCAAACGCCAUUGGUGGCCCUGCUGCAGGUGUUGGUGGCCUGUCAGAUUUGUCCAGCCUGAUCCAUGCGGGGCAGCAGUUUGCACAACAGAUACAGCAGCAGAAUCCAGAGCUCAUAGAGCAACUGAGAAAUCAUGUCCGGAGCAGAUCUUUCAGUGGCAGCACUGAAGAGCAUUCCUGACUUAAAGGAAGCAUGUGAAUUGGAAUGGUAUAUAACCCUAAAAUGCAUACCAUAGUUAGUAGCAAAAGCACCGUUGUAACUCUUCUGCUUGAAUAGAAGACAGAAAACUCUUUGUGCGUGUUUGAAAACAAGAAUAAAUCUGUUAAACAGAUCUAUUGCACAUAACUUGGAACAUAUCGUUUAUGUAUAGUUACUCCUCUGAAAAUUAAUACACUAAAUAGGUGUUCUAUUAAAAUCCCUAAGUACAAGUAAUUUUCAAUAUGUGCAUUAGAUUGAUCUCCAGGGCUACUGAGUAGGGAGGAGUUUUGUAGUGGGCUGAUCAUGCCUAACAGUUUAAUUCUAAAAUCCCAGUGCAAAAGGCAUUUAUUGUUAUGGAGAAAAUCGUUAUGGCUGACUCCCUGUCAAAUACUGAAGCAACAGGCCCAUCUGAUAUGCCCCCUUUAUAAUGCCCAUAAAUUGGUGUUGGAGUAUAGAGUGUGACUUAAACCUACUGCUUGAAAAGUCUGUUUCUUUAAGUCUGUGGAGGGGCUGUCAUGGGUAACUUUGAAAUAUUUUUCAACUUCAUUGGGCAGGAAGGAGGGAGAUAAGUGCAUAUGAAGGAGUAUCACAAACUGUAGGAAAAGAGAAGACACUAAUCCUGAGCAGAAUAAUACACAUAAAUUAAAGUGUGACUCAGCUUGGGAUAGGAAAAAGCAUUAAGAAGUUUUAGGCUUUUCUACUGCCAUGUAUACCCUCAAAUCAUGACGGUAACCCUGGAGGUCAGCAUUAUGGCACUAUUUUCCUAGGCAUGGCAAACUGUAUUACAUUCCAUAUGUAUGCAGUAUUUAAUAUAAGCUUAAAAUUCUUAACUGUAAUAAGCUAAAACUGAUCCUGUGACUGUACAGAUAACUAGUACUGAAAAUUGAUCAAAAAAUAACUGCCUCAGAAAGGAUUCUUUUUCUAUUCCUGUGUGAUAAAUCAAUGGUUUAAACAAUUGUGUUUUUUUAAUUUUCACCACACAUGUCUAUAUUAAGUGAUGGUUAUAUAUGGCCAAGUUAAUUUUUUUUUUUCACUGUAUGGUAUUUCUGUUCUUAACCCCACCUUUUCUUGCUCAGUUAAUCUUACUCUUUCAGAGACCACUACUCUUCUGUAUUUUUAUUAUGUUGUGUUUUUUUUAUUCUGCUUACUGUUCACACUGCUUUCUGGUACAAGGCACACUUGUUUUUACUCCAGGGAGGUUCUCAGCGCUCACAGUUCUUCUUUGUAUAUCCAAACUAAUUUGAGGAGCCUGCUUUGAUUCCUAAGACAAUGUGAUCUCUGCUGGCCAGUAAGACUGGAGAAGGCAUGUGGUAGAGUAGUAACAGACUCCAAAAUGGAGAAAUACAGAGGAACUCCUAGACUUCAGGCUUUAUAUCUGAUUUACCUUGUGGUCAAAAAAGAGCACUUCUGAUAGAAGCAAACACAAAUUUUGUGUUAAGUCACAUACUUGACUAACAUAUGCUAGUUGCACAUCUAUCGUAUGAUUUGUCCCUUAUUAAAAUGGGGGAGAAAUGCAGCUGAUCCAAGAAGAAAAGACUCGGAGAAAACAAAAAAAUAGGAAAUACGUAUUACCACCUGUUGAAUAAAGAGGUAAAGCUUAACAGAGCAACUUAAACAACUUUGAAGACAUUUCAUACUUUAUUCAAUAGAGCUUGCCCAUACGCAGCAUUAAAAUGCUUUUUUAGUUUCUCUAUAUGGCUGCUGUAGCUGCCUUUUUGAGGCUGUAAAGAUACUUAAGCUUUACAUUAAAUAGAUUUCCAAGUAACAGCUUCUGAUAUAGCACCUCAUGACAAAGAAAAUACUUAACAGGACCUUUUUUUCAGAGGUACCUCAGAUCCUGAAUCUAAUCCGUUCAAGAAAACUGCUACUUAAGUUGAGUUACAUAUAACAGUACUGGAUACAACUUAAAAGAAAGAUCAAUGCAGGCUGUAGAGGGGCUACAACUACUGUACAAACACUGCUUGUAGUAGUGUGUUGUGUCAGCAGAGAAAUAUUGCUCCUGGUAUUUCUCUUGUUAAAACUUCCCCAUUCCCCUUAAUUCUCUUCCAUAUUUUCAACUGUUCAAAGCAAGUUUUACUGACUUCAGUAAGGAGAACUCUGAAAUCCAGAGUGGAGUGCAAAGCACUGCAGUAUCUGUCUCACUCAGUUUAUCCUUACUGUAUGAUGGCAGUCUUCAUGUGGUCGGUACCUUUCUUCUACUUUUUUUUUUUCUACUUUUAAGACAAAGUGUCAAGAUCCUCUCGAGAUUUCCUUACAAACUACAAAAAUAUGAUAAUAUUCAAAGACUGGCUGUAGAAGUUGUACUGUCAAGUACAAGCCCUAUAGAUUACUGGAUUUAUGGGAGAACUAUCCCCAAGAUUAAAUGGGAUGAAGCAUUGGUGAGUUAUCUGAAAACUACUCUUGAAAUAAUCUUUAUUGAGUGGUAACUUUCAUUUCACAUACUACAAUAUUGUCAUGUCUAGGUUUUGUUCCAGGACAGAUAUGUAACCAGAGUAUUUAUUAAAAAUACUGAUGGCAUAAGCUAACCCUUAAGGAAUGUGCUACAAAUGGCACAAUACUUAACUUGCAAAUGUUCUUUGCUGCUUGUAUAUUAACAGAAAAGGCUUUAUAGCCUAAAUAAAAAACAGUGAAACCAAUAACAGGAAUUGUCAUUACAUGCUUUUCCAUUGAAACCAGGAACAGAGGGAUCAUUUAUGCUAAAGUAUUUUGCCUUGAAUAGGCUAGAUUGUUUCACAGUCAUACUAUAUCUUAGUCACAGGGUGAGGAUGGGAUCUCUUCCUGUGUAAAAACUGCACUUUAUUUUGCACUAAAAUUUUUCAUCCUCCUAGAUCAAGUAGUAAGCUACUAUGCCCAUAAAUACUGCUUUAAUUUAAGGUCAAUUGCAGUUUAUUAUUUAACUGAGCAAAUAUGCAUUUAAUACCUAAUAGGUUUUGUGUCAUUACUGUUCUAUCAGCAUAAGUGUGAUAAUUGUUAGAGAAGAAAAUGUUUUGCACUCUUAAUUGUAAACUCCUGUAACCUGCUUGCAUGGAAGUAUAUUCUUCUAACUAUGCCUAAUUAUACAACAGACCUAAUGAAAUAUUCAGCUUAGAAAUUGUUGCAGUUGCACUUUCAGUUUUGUAACAAGUACAAAGUAAAAUCACUCAUGCAUACUGAGAAAGAACUAAAGUCUGCACCUUGGGAUUCAUAACGCUGUUUAGGGCUACAGAAUGUCAUACUAGUAAAAUGGAACUUGUCUACCAUUUCUGUAUCUCUCCUACCUCUUAUUACCAUAUGGUUACAUCUCCUUCAACUUGUGUAAGUUUAACUUGAAAACAGAUUAUAAAUAAAGUUAUUUACCUUUUUUGUCUG